GUCGGGGCGCUGACGGCGGGGCGGUUCUCGCGGCCCGAGGCCGAGGUGUUCGCCGACAUCGCGCGGGCCAUGGGCGUGCCGGACGAGCGCAUCAUCGUCGAGCCACGGGCGACCAACACGGGCGAGAACGUGCGGUUCACGCACGCGCUGCUGGGGCAGAUGGGGCUGCGCCCGCGGUCGCUCGUCCUCGUCCAGAAGCCGUACAUGGAGCGCCGGACUUACGCCACGUUUGUCAAGCAGUGGCCCGACCCGACCACCGAGUUCACCGUCACGUCCCCGCAGCUGGCCUUCGAGGCGUACCCCAACGACGAGAACCCGAGAGACCUCGUUAUUAACGUCAUGAUCGGCGACCUGGCCCGGAUCCGGGACUACCCCGCCCUCGGCUUCCAGAUCCCGCAGGACAUUCCGGAUCACGUGUGGGAGGCAAGCCGGUAUCUUAUUGCUGCGGGCUACGACUCACACCUGCCACGAUGACCGGGGGACAGGAGUGCGCAUGGGAGGAAGUUCGGAAUGUUUGUUGCUACCUAUUAUAAGUAUGAACUGAGAGCAAGAUGCCCCCUAAUAGCUGUUAGAC